AUGGCUGCAAUUACCGCCGCCACGACCCUGCCUGCUCUCCCGGCGGGCACGACCAUUCGCGUCGGCACACGACGCUCCGCGCUCGCGCUCAAGCAGUGCGAGAUUGUCAUUGGCGAGCUGCAGCAGGCCCACCCACAUAUCAAGUUCGAGACCGUGACCGUCUCCGUCAUGGGCGACCGCGACAAGACGACGCCGCUGCCGAACCUGGGCAAGGGCCUGUGGACCUCGGAGCUCGAGGCCAUGCUCACUUCCGACACGCCCCAGCUCGACAUGAUCCUCCACUGUCUCAAGGAUAUGCCCACCGCCCUCCCCGCGGGUUGCGUCAUCGGGUGCAUCACCAAGCGCGAGGACCCGCGGGACGUGGUGGUGUUCAAGGCUGGGCACGAGGGCAAAUACAAGAAGCUGGCCGACCUGCCAGAGGGAGCUGUCAUUGGGACGAGCAGCCUGCGGCGGGCUGCGCAGCUGAGGAGAAGGUACCCGGGCUUGGUGUUCAAAGACAUGCGGGGGAACAUCGACACCAGGAUGAAGAAGUGCGACGACGAAAGCCUGGGCUUCGACGCGACGAUCCUCGCGGCGGCGGGGCUGUUGCGCAUGAACAUGGGCCAUCGGAUAGGGCAGUUUCUGGACAGCGAGAGCGAGGGUGGUGGCAUGCUGCACGCCGUCGGCCAGGGCGCGCUGGCGGUGGAGAUUCGAGAAGGCGACCUGACCACGCUGGGUCUGCUCAAGCCCAUCUCCGACACAGAGACGAUGCUGGCUUGUGAAGCGGAGCGGAGCGUCAUGCGCACACUCGAGGGCGGCUGCAGCGUGCCGAUUGGAGUGGAGACGCACUGGGUCCCUGGUGAGGACGGCGUCGGCAGCAACCUGCGGCUGAGGGCGGUGGUUGUCAGCCUCGAUGGCCAGGAUGGCGCCGAGGUCGAGCUCCAGGGCGAUGUGGCAGACCCAGAGGCCGCUGAUGCCCUGGGCAAGAAGGCCGCAUCGAUACUUGUGGAGAAGGGUGCGAGCAAGAUCCUCGAUGUCAUCAACAGCCAGCGAGCAGAGACACCCGGCACGGCCUCGGCUGCCAGCGCCGCUGCUGCCCCGGCUGCGUGA